UGUCUCAAUUGACAACGUUUUUGACACUGACUUGUUUGAAAUAGAAAAUAGCGAAGUUUCUCAGGAAGAGGGCACAUAAAUUCACCGUGGAGAGUACAAAAAGAUGUAACAAAAUUCAUAGUACUAUAGAUCAUGUCGGGAUUAUGCACACCAUAUGGAUGUAAGAUACCUCCAAUAAAGUUUUUCAGUGGAUCAAAAUCUAGGCCGAGGAGACGAAAACGAUCUAGAUCCAGAAGAUGCAAGACUAGAAGCAGAUCUCGGAGUCGCUCAAAAAGUGGACGCCGGAGAAGGUCUAAAAGCAGAUUUAGGUGCCGCAGACGCAGACAAAAAAGUAGAAGCAGAUCCAGAAGGCGCAAGAGUAGACGUAGAUCUCGAAGGAGUAGAAGAAGCAAGAGUAGAUCCAGAUGUAGAAGACGAAGUCGAAGAACUUCAUCUCGGAGAAUAAGGAAAUUAAGCAGAAGAAGAAGUUGCGGUUCAGGAAGAAGACUGAAGAGCAGACGUAGAAGGCGAAGGAAGUCCAGGACAGGCAUCAAUGCCAGCAGCAGACUUAAGAGUGCAGCACGAGCUAUUCAGCGUCUAUCUCAUUUAGAAGGAAAGAAAUGUAGUAGGCUUGGGCCUACGACCACCAAUCCCUUCCUCAAUUUCCUGAGGCUGUACAGGAGAACCAAGACUGGAUGGACAAUGACCAGGGAAGUUCAAUUGUUAAAUUAACACUAUCUAUCAGAAAGCCGAGGAAUCUUAUACGAGUAGUGGGUACCAGAAUGCUUUUGCUGUUAUUGAUGAUAAGACCCAAUGAGCUUAAAAACCGAAUGGUUGUGCUAACAUUAUUAAGGCAGGAUUCAUAGGAAACUCCAAAGAUUAGAAAAUCGUCUAAAUAAUUGACUGUAGAGAUGCCUAAAUUGCGGAGAAAAAGAGACGACUGGCUUCAUAAGCUUUGUGAAACAUAACGGAGCUGUACAUAACCCAAACG